CCCCAGUAGGCAGCUUCUUGCUCCCAGCAGCCCCCUGCAGGCGGAUUCCUGUGGACCAGCUCCAGCCCACUGGCACCCCAGCCCUGCAGAACUCUGCUGCGCGGGGGCUCUGCCUCAGCCUCACCAGUGAAGAGGGCCUUUCGCACAUACUCUCCUUAGCCUCGCAGUGAAAAUGCCUCGUGUAAAAGCAGCUCAAGCUGGAAGACAGGGUCCUACAAGGAGACGUCUUGCAGAACAGUUUGCAGUUGGGGAGAUAAUCACUGACAUGACAAAAAAGGAAUGGAAACUAGGAUUACCCAUUGGCCAAGGUGGCUUUGGAUGUAUAUAUCUUGCUGAUACGAAUUCUUCAAAAUCGGUGGGCAGUGAUGCACCCUGUGUUGUAAAAGUGGAACCCAGUGACAAUGGACCUCUUUUUACUGAAUUAAAAUUCUACCAGCGAGCUGCCAAGCCAGAGCAAAUUCAGAAAUGGAUUCGUACCCAUAAACUGAAGUACCUGGGUGUUCCUAAGUACUGGGGGUCUGGUCUCCAUGAUAAAAAUGGAAAAAGUUAUAGGUUUAUGAUAAUGGACCGCUUUGGGAGUGACCUUCAGAAAAUAUAUGAAGCAAAUGCCAAAAGGUUUUCUCGAAAAACCGUCUUGAAGCUGAGUUUAAGAAUUCUGGAUAUUCUGGAAUAUAUUCAUGAGCAUGAGUAUGUACAUGGAGAUAUCAAGGCCUCAAAUCUUCUUCUGAGCUACAAAAAUCCUGAUCAGGUGUACUUGGUAGAUUAUGGCCUUGCUUAUCGCUACUGCCCAGAAGGGAUUCAUAAGGAAUAUAAGAAGGACCCCAAAAGAUGUCAUGAUGGCACUAUUGAAUUCACCAGCAUUGAUGCACACCAUGGUGUGGCCCCUUCAAGACGUGGUGAUUUGGAAAUACUUGGUUAUUGCAUGAUCCAGUGGCUUAGUGGCCAUCUUCCUUGGGAAGAUAAUUUGAAAGAUCCUAACUAUGUUAGAGAUUCCAAAAUUAGAUACAGAGAAAAUAUUGCAGGUUUGAUGGACAAAUGUUUUCCUGAGAAAAACAAGCCAGAUGAAAUUGCUAAAUACAUCGAAACAGUGAAAUUACUGGAUUAUGCUGAAAAACCGCUUUAUCAAAACUUACGAGAUAUUCUUUUGCAAGGACUAAAAGCUGUAGGAAGUAAGGAUGAUGGCAAACUGGACCUCAGUGUUGUGGAGAAUGGAGGUUUGAAAGCAAAAACAAUACCGAAGAAGCGAAAGAAAGAAAUUGAGGGAAGCACAGAAAAUAGUGUUGAAGAUAUGGACUGCUCAGACAGACAGACAGAAGAGGCUGCACAAACCCGAAGUGAGAAGUCCCGAGGAGCAGUACAUCGAAGCAUGUCUCAGCCAGAGGCUAGCAGCAGCAGCUAUGACAGUUCAAAAACCAGAAGAAGAGUCCAGAAGUAAACCAAAUUUGGCUGUGAACCAAUUUUUCUUUUCUUCCUUUCAUUUGACUCUUCUUUCUUUUUCUGUUUUAAGUGUUAUAUCAUCAUGUGAGUCUUGCGGGGUGGGAGAUAACAGUGAAAUACUAGUGUCUUUGAAAAAUAACAAACUUUUAAAUCAGAUACUUUGUACAAUUUACUAAAGGCUAAUUUAUAAAAUUUCAGAAUCUUUAGGCUAUACUCUCUAAGUUAUCCCAAGCUGUGUGUGUGUUGAGGUUCUGGAGUACAUACAAGAAAAAUGACUAUGGCCUGCAUUUCUCUAAUGCUGUAUAUUUCCCUGAGUGUAUAAAAAUGUUUGACAAAGUCCUCACUUUUAAGGAAAUAGAAAACUUAAAAUAAAGGUCUCUUUUUGCUUGAUACAAAUACACAAUUUGUUGUGACCAUAAGGUCUGGUUUGUAUUGAUUUUGUUGAGUUCCACAAGCAUUUAUUAAGCACCUGCUGUAUCAGACGAGAGGCAUAAAGAAGGGAAAGGAAUGUGAAAGAAAAAUUAGAGUAAUAAGUUUAUCUGUGGGAGAUAAAAUAUACGUAUUUGGAAGUCAGAUUAAAUAAGAAUUAUUUAAGUAUGCAAGCUAUAUGAUAAGAAAACAGGUGAUACGUUAUCAAGUGGUGGCAUCAUCAAAGGUUUUAUAGAUCGGCUUCCUCUAAGGAAAUCCUGUGGCCUAUAGCUCCAUCUGUCUUUCUGUCUAUAGCUUAUUGUUUAUUCACAGGAGGUUAUUUUUCUUACAAGUUUCAGUUUUUGUAGCAUAUAGUAUUUCUACAGCAAACCAAGCACUUUAGAGUUUUGGUGAUUUUAAGAUGUGGACAUUUUAUAAUUGCCUUGGGAAUAAAAGCUUAGAAUUUAAUAUUUAUGAACAUUUUCAAGAUUUCCUUUGUUUCAGAAAUGGUAUUGGAUUGUAUUUUCUAAAGGGUGGUGUACACCUUACCUCUUGUAGCAUGUACAGUGUUUUUAGAUGGUAUGUGGGUAUACUUUUAUUUAAAUAUUUAAGCAUUUAUUUUAGUAUGAACUCAAUAUAAGUAGUGUUCAAAGUAUAAAUGGCACAUUAAAACUAGUGAUUUCUCUACUGCUCAGGAUAAGCCUAAAGUAGGUAUUUUAGCUUUUUUAAAAAAAACUUGAUUUGAAGAAAAUAUUUAGUAAAUAGUAGUACAGGUGGGAUGUAGACAUGCCAAAAAUUGUUAAGGUUGUACCUGUUUUGAGGAACUCUGAACCAACACAAAGACUAACUUCUGGCUAUCUAAUAUUGAUAGUUGUUAUGUGAACCAUUUAUCACUGUAGUGGUCAGAUGUUAAAAAUGCAAAACAGAUCUGCAGUCUGUCUUUGAAGGUUAAUCUUUUAAAUGCCUUCUGAAGUUCUAAGGCUGAGAGUCAUUACAGGAGAGAGAAGUAGAUUUUGGGCAGAGCUUCCUCCCAUUUUCUGUAAAGUGCUGGGUUUUAGUACUCAUCACCGUUAUGGUCCCAAGUUUGUUUGUAACACCUAAAUCAACUCUCAGAUUCUGUUUUAAACACAUUGAUGCUUAAAAUAGGAUAAAUUGUGUGUGUGUGUGUGUGUGUGUGUGUGUGUGUGUGUGUGUAUGUGUGUUCGUGUAUAUGCCUUAGCCUUUUUUAUUUUCCAAAAAAACAAAAACACAGUAAAACCUGUUAGUUAAAUAUUAAGAAAACAGAUAUUUCCUCCCAUAUUGUUUCUAACAAGUGCUGGCAUUUUCUUGAAUGUUAUUCUGUUGGCAGGGCUGUGGAAACUAAAAACUAGUAGCCAUAGUAGCCAGUUUGAUUCAUCAGCUGUAGCUCCUUAUUCUGCUGUUCUGUUUCCUGAAGCACUGGGUUUUCUUAGGCCCCUUUAUUUUUUAAAAAUGGUUAAGAACCUCCUUGUCAUUUGGAGUUAUGCUUGCUUUUUCUGGCCAUUUUCGGUUCAUGUUUAUUAUUUUUAGGUUGCAUUGUUUUACUUUCCAAUACUUGCAUUCAGUAGAUUUUGCCAUUCUUUGUUUUUGUUCAUACAAGGAGCUGUAAGUGUGGUUCUACAUUUUCUACAAAGCAACUGGUAAAUCUUUGGUAACCAACUAAGCCUUGAAGUAAAAUAAUAGCUUGUAGGUGUUCUUCAGUAGUGAUCUCUUAAGACAAAUAAACACUAAUAGGCCAGAGCUAUAAAACCCCAAUUAUUUUUUUGAAUCACUAAAUUUAAAAGAUGCAUAUAAAGGCCUAAGUUGCAUAGCAAUAAAUUAGUGCUAGAAAGAUAAAUAAAUUAUAUGUAUAUGUGUAUAUAUAGUUGAGCAUUCUGUACAUGUUUAUCCUUUAAAAUACUGUUUUUAGUUCUCUGUAUUCUUUAUUAUCAAAAUAUAUUAAUAAUACACGGUCAUUGUAGAAAAUUUAGAACAUACAGAGAAGUCAAAAGACUAACUAGCCCGACUACUACCACUCGCAGGCAAGCACUGGUAAUGUUUUGACAACAUUUAAAUACCUAUUAUGCUUUAUAUAAAACCUUACGUAUUUCUUUUUAAAGCUGGAAUUAAAUACUUUUCAUGUUGUUAUAGAUACUUCAUGAAUAUCAUUUCAAUGUUUCCAUAUUACUUCAUCUUCUGGAUUUAUGAUACUUUAUGGAUCCUUUCCCUAAUAUUGGACCUUUAAAGUAUUGCCCGUAUUGGGAUGUUGUAAAUAAUAUUCUUGAAUAAAAUUGUACAGAAAUCUU